AUGCCUCGGCCUUCCCUUGUCCUCUUCCCCAUUCUUCCAUCCCUUCCCUAUAUCCAGGCGUUGUUGACGGACGAGGCAGCAGCAGCAGUAGCGGCACUGUUCCCUCCCAUGGCCAGGGGCAGCCUCCCUGCCGUGUGCUCGUGGGCUGAUGUGAUUGGGCACACCAAGGGGUGGGCCUGGUCCGCGCCUCUGCACUACAUUGAUACCCCUGACUUCGCCUGCUCGUACGAUGAACGCCGUGAUUGCGCCUUCGCCCAUCACCCCGGUGUGUGCGUUGCCAAUGCAAUCAUCAACUACACAUCCCAGCUCCUCACCUACUCCCCGCAUUCCUCCUCCCAGCCCAAUUCCUACUCCCGCCGCUCCUUCCCCCCAUCCUCCCCAAAAUCUGCAACUCCACUCAAGCCUGCCGGUCUCCCCACCUCCCCUCACCGCCGGAGUUUUCUCCUCAGGGGGAUAGAUGAGGCAGAAGCUGCUCUGCUGGGGGGGAGAGAGGAGGAGGGAGAAGGGAAAGAGGGAGUAGCGGAGGGGGGCGAAGGGGAAGAGGAGAUGGUGCGGGUGGUAAGGAGAGUGGUGCAAGACGGUGCCAGAAAAGCUGCUCAUGCUUCAAUCCUUGCUGCUACUGCCGUUCCUGCUAGGGAGCUAGAAGCAGUCAAUGUGGCUUUUGAGUCGACUCAAAAGUCUCCUGCCAGGCAGCAAGAAGCAGUGGAUGGGGGGACCAUUAAACGCUACAACCUGACAGAGGCGCUCAUGUUCCUUGCGCACUUUGCAGGGGACAUUCAUCAGUCGAGGCCACCACCUGACAAAGGCGCUCAUGUUCCUCGCGCACUUUGCAGGGGACAUUCAUCAGGUGAGGAUGGUGGUGGUGCACACACAUACGCCGCAAAGAGCCAAGAGAAAAGAGUGACAGAUGUGGGGUCUGUUAGUCGAGGCCACCACUUGACAGAGGCGCUCAUGUUCCUCGCGCACUUUGCAGGGGACAUUCAUCAGUCGACUCGAAAGUCGUCCAUGCCUCCAUUUCUCUUCUGCCUCCAUUCAUCUCCCCCCAAUGUCUCUGGUGCAGCUGCUGCAUUAACGUGUUGCUGGGCCUCUCUCCCCCCCGCCUCCAUUCGUCUGCCCCACAUCCCCGUGCUUCAGCCGCUGCACGUGGGCUUCACAUCUGAUCUGGGCGGCAACAGGGUGUGGGAUAGCUUUAUCAUAGCCACAGCCAUCCACCUACGCUACAACGGCAGCAGCACCGCCAUGCUGCAUCACAUCGCCCACCAACUCGCCUCAGACUGGCGCCCCCUCAUCCCUGCCUGGGCCUCUUGCCCUGGAGACAUUCCUUCUCGUUCUUCUGCUGUUAGUGAUGCUGAUGCUGCAGCAGCAGCAUCAACCCUCUCUCCUGCUCAGGCUGCUGCCUGCCCGGCCGUGUAA